CCGCCGCCGCCGCCGCCAAAGCUCGCCAACAUGGCGGACCUGGAGGCCGUGCUGGCCGAUGUCAGUUACCUGAUGGCCAUGGAGAAGAGCAAGGCUACCCCGGCCGCCCGCGCAAGCAAGAGGAUCGUCCUGCCGGAGCCCAGUAAAAAAAAAAAAAAAAAAAAGUACCUUGCAGAGAGAAAUGAAAUAACCUUUGACAAGAUUUUCAAUCAGAAAAUUGGUUUCUUGCUAUUUAAAGAUUUUUGUUUGAAUGAAAUUAAUGAAGCUGUACCUCAGGUGAAGUUUUAUGAAGAGAUAAAAGAAUAUGAAAAACUUGAUAAUGAGGAAGACCGCCUUUGCAGAAGUCGACAAAUUUAUGAUGCCUACAUCAUGAAGGAACUUCUUUCCUGUUCACAUCCUUUCUCAAAGCAAGCUGUAGAACACGUACAAAGUCAUUUAUCCAAGAAACAAGUGACAUCAACUCUUUUUCAGCCAUACAUAGAAGAAAUUUGUGAAAGUCUUCGAGGUGACAUUUUUCAAAAAUUUAUGGAAAGUGACAAGUUCACUAGAUUUUGUCAGUGGAAAAACGUUGAAUUAAAUAUCCAUUUGACCAUGAAUGAGUUCAGUGUGCAUAGGAUUAUUGGACGAGGAGGAUUCGGGGAAGUUUAUGGGUGCAGGAAAGCAGACACUGGAAAAAUGUAUGCAAUGAAAUGCUUAGAUAAGAAGAGGAUCAAAAUGAAGCAAGGAGAAACAUUAGCCUUAAAUGAAAGAAUCAUGUUGUCUCUUGUCAGCACAGGAGACUGUCCUUUCAUUGUAUGUAUGACCUAUGCCUUCCAUACCCCAGAUAAACUCUGUUUCAUCCUGGAUCUGAUGAACGGGGGCGAUCUGCACUAUCACCUUUCACAACACGGUGUGUUCUCUGAGAAGGAGAUGCGGUUUUAUGCCACUGAAAUCAUUCUGGGUCUGGAACACAUGCACAAUCGGUUUGUUGUCUACAGAGAUUUGAAGCCAGCAAAUAUCCUCUUGGAUGAACACGGACACGCAAGGAUCUCCGAUCUUGGUCUUGCCUGUGAUUUUUCCAAAAAGAAGCCUCAUGCGAGCGUUGGCACCCAUGGGUACAUGGCUCCCGAGGUGCUGCAGAAGGGGACAGCCUAUGACAGCAGUGCCGACUGGUUCUCCCUGGGCUGCAUGCUUUUCAAACUUCUGAGAGGUCACAGCCCUUUCAGACAACAUAAAACCAAAGACAAGCAUGAAAUUGACCGAAUGACACUCACCGUGAAUGUGGAACUUCCAGACACCUUCUCUCCUGAACUGAAGUCCCUUUUGGAGGGCUUGCUUCAGCGAGACGUUAGCAAGCGGCUGGGCUGUCACGGAGGCGGCUCACAGGAAGUAAAAGAGCACAGCUUUUUCAAAGGUGUUGACUGGCAGCAUGUCUACUUACAAAAGUACCCACCACCCUUGAUUCCUCCCCGGGGAGAAGUCAAUGCUGCUGAUGCCUUUGAUAUUGGCUCAUUUGAUGAAGAGGAUACCAAAGGGAUUAAGCUGCUUGAUUGCGACCAAGAACUCUACAAGAACUUCCCUUUGGUCAUCUCUGAACGGUGGCAGCAAGAAGUAACGGAAACAGUUUAUGAAGCAGUAAAUGCAGACACGGAUAAAAUUGAGGCCAGGAAGAGAGCUAAAAAUAAGCAACUUGGCCACGAAGAAGAUUACGCUCUGGGGAAGGACUGUAUUAUGCACGGGUACAUGCUGAAACUGGGAAACCCAUUUCUGACUCAGUGGCAGCGUCGCUAUUUUUACCUCUUUCCAAAUAGACUUGAAUGGAGAGGAGAGGGAGAGUCCCGGCAAAAUUUACUGACAAUGGAACAGAUUCUCUCUGUGGAAGAAACUCAAAUUAAAGACAAAAAAUGCAUUUUGUUCAGAAUAAAAGGAGGGAAGCAAUUUGUCUUGCAAUGUGAGAGUGAUCCAGAGUUUGUGCAGUGGAAGAAGGAGUUGAACGAAACCUUCAAGGAGGCCCAGCGUCUCUUACGUCGAGCCCCGAAGUUCCUCAACAAACCUCGGUCCGGCACUGUGGAGCUCCCAAAGCCAUCCCUCUGUCACAGAAACAGCAACGGCCUCUAGCACCCGGAAACAGGGAGGGUCCUUGCGGAGGACACACCAGGGUCUCAGCCUUUUGGGGUGAACGAGGAUGAGGCAUCUGAUCUAUUCGCUACCGGGACUCCUCCAGGCUCCCAAGAGGAGUCGGGACCCUUCGGCUCAGGGUCAGCUCAGCUCCCUGCCUUGUCACAUUUGUCCACAUUCAAAACUACUGAAGAAAUAAAAGUUCUUUUUCUUUGCUACACACUUUGGUAUCUAUGAACCUAGAACUUGAAGUGACUCCCACUUAUCACGUACAUUUUUAUGUCUGAUAUCAAACACGUCUUAGACUUUCCAGGAUGGAAUUUAAAGAUGUUCAGUGUUGGGUAGCAGACUGCCCUAAGCAUUGCCGCAUUUUAUCUCUAGUCACUGCUGAUUGUCUGUGUCUUUGCUCUGUACUACUGGGGGAUGGGAGAGCCACAGUGUUUCCUUUGCACACUUCACAACUGACUUCUUGUCCUGGGGUUAAAAGUUGAAGAUAUUUCCGCACUCGGGCCCUCCUCUGGGAGCUGCACCCACGUGACUGCCCUGCCUCUCACCAGUCUGUUCCGGGGCCCCCUCGGCCAGGUGGGAAUGAUGGACACGUACUCUCCAAGUGUAUGGAUUAACUAGUCAUUGAAGGCAUUCGUCCGUCCAUCACUGGAAAGAUUUGCAAUGAUUCUGAAGGACAGGCAGUGGAGUUUUAGGUUUCAGGGGCAAGAGCAGUUUUCAGAAGUCUUUGAGUCCAGUGUGCACGAGUCGACAAGCAGUACCUGGCGUGCAGAAGCACUCGUGGGUGAGUCCAUCUCGGGUCUCGACAAUUAGCAGUUGUGUGACAGUCAUUCUGGUUCCUUCUGCCUGACCCUGGGAGACAUAUCAGAAAUGGAUGUACAAAAGCAGGUCUGUUUUACGUUGUAGUAUAAUUUAAGAUGAAUUGUAUUGAAAAAAUGCUGAAGAAUGAAUGUGUCAAAAUGGGUUAACUGUGUAUAUUGGCGUUCAUGUUGUCAUCCAUCUGUCAUGAAUGAGUGAUACUUUGCACUGGACUGUACGACAGUGAGGACCUUAGGGCAUGAAGCCUUUUUCCUGGUCCCUGCAGCGUCUGCCCCGUGAAGUUUGUUUUCUCCCACUGCCUCCAGGCCCCACUGAUACCCCCAAAUAGAUGCUGGGUUAUGAGAACCAGCAAAGUCCCCCAUGUCAUCAGUCUUAAAAAAAAUAAUUUUCCAAGUCCACGUAUUUGUCCCAUUCUUGGAGUAGUUUUAGUGUAUGUCUUUACUAACAGUAUAAAUCACUUGACAUCAUAAUGGUCUGCAUCCUGUCCUUGAUAUAUUUAACGGUUCUAAAUCUUUGUUUUUAUAUUUGUGUGCUGUGUUCAUGGGCAAAGUAAGUACUUUUUAAUGCAGUUAUUUUGAGAGUUUGGAAGAUAAAUUGUUGAAAGAAUAACUUUUCAAAGGGAUCCGUUAUUUAUUCAUAUGAGUUACUUUGCAAAAAAA